CACUGUUCGCAUUGUUGUUUUGCUCCCCACUUUGUCGCGUCGCCUUAACAAAAUUGUUAAAUACUGUUAACAAAAACGCUUCGCACGCACAGUAGCCGGUCGAUUUCGAGCUUGGACACCACAUUGAACGUGAAAACAAACCGUUCUCGGUGGAAAUUGUAAAUAAACAAGAAGGUUAAUAGCAGACUAUUUUUUUUUUUGGUAAGAAAACCAGUUACAAACCACUAACAAAAACAGAAGUGUGUGGGUGCAAAUUAAAAAAUAAAGAAAUUUAAGAAUUAAUAAACAAACGCACAAUCAUAGACAUACAAAAAAGGAGCGCGCGGUAAAAAAGAAGAAAAGGAGCGUAUAAAAAACGCCGACUGCGAAAACGUCCACAAAGUGAAAUUGAUAAUAAACGCAUAAUUUAUUUAAAAUAAUAACCAAUCAGCGGCGGCAGUUAUAAAUAAUUAAGAAAGUCAAGAAGAAAAGCACACACAGCGAAAAUGGCAACACUAAACAAAUUCACAAAAACGCUGUCCAUUGAUGAAAAGGCCGAGAUCAAGGAGAAAUUCAUAGAGUUGGAUGCCAACAAGGAUGGCUUCAUUGACUUGCACGAGCUGAAGGAUGCGCUCAACCAGGUGGGCUUCAAGCUAGCCGGCUACCAGGUGCGCGAGAUGAUCGAUGAGUACAAGGGCAAACAGCGGACCGCCUUCCAGGGCAAGCUGAAUCUGGAGGAGUUCGAGGCACUGUGCCUGGACCUGAAGAGCAAGGAUGUUGCCAGCACAUUCAAGACGGUCGUCUCCAAGAAGGAGAACCUGGAGACCCUCGGCGGCAUGUCGAGCAUCUCGUCGGAGGGCACCACCCAUUCGGUGCGCCUCGAGGAGCAGCUGGCCUUCUCCGACUGGAUCAACUCGAAUCUGGGCCACGACAAGGACCUGCAGCACCUGCUGCCCAUCGACGGCGAGGGCAAGCGCUUGUAUCUGAGCAUCAAGGAUGGUAUUCUGCUGUGCAAAAUCAUCAAUCACUCCUGCCCGGACACAAUCGACGAGCGGGCGAUCAACAAGAAGAACCUCACCGUCUACCGGGAGUUCGAGAAUCUGACCCUGGCCCUGGUCUCCUCGCAGGCGAUUGGCUGCAACAUCGUGAACAUCGAUGCCCACGAUCUGGCCAAGGGCAAACCGCAUCUCGUGCUUGGUCUUCUCUGGCAGAUCAUCCGCAUCGGCCUGUUCAGCCACAUCACCCUGGACAGCUGUCCCGGUUUGGCUGGCCUGCUGUUCGACAACGAGCGUCUCGAGGAUCUGAUGAAGAUGUCGCCAGAGGCUAUCCUCCUGCGCUGGGUUAACCAUCACUUGGAGCGGGCCGGCAUCUCGAGGCGGUGCACCAAUUUCCAGUCGGACAUCGUCGAUUCCGAGAUCUAUUCGCAUCUGUUGAAGCAGAUUGCCGGCAACGAUGCGGAUGUCAAUCUGGAUGCUCUGCGGGAAUCGGAUCUGCAAUCGCGAGCGGAAAUCAUGUUGCAGCAGGCGGCCAAGCUCAACUGCCGCAGCUUCCUUACGUCACAGGAUGUCGUCAACGGUGUCUACAAACUCAAUUUGGCCUUCGUGGCCAAUCUGUUCAACAACCAUCCGGGAUUGGACAAGCCCGAGCAGAUCGAAGGACUCGAGUCCAUCGAAGAGACGCGCGAGGAGAAGACCUACCGCAACUGGAUGAACUCGAUGGGCGUGGCGCCGCAUGUGAACUGGCUUUACUCCGAUUUGGCCGAUGGCCUGGUCAUCUUCCAGCUAUUCGACGUCAUCAAGCCGGGUAUUGUCAACUGGAACAAGGUGCACAAGCGCUUCAGCCCGCUGCGCAAGUUCAUGGAAAAGCUGGAGAACUGCAACUACGCCGUGGAACUGGGCAAGCAACUGAAAUUCUCGCUGGUCGGAAUCGCUGGCCAGGAUCUUAACGAUGGAAAUGCCACGCUGACGUUGGCUCUCAUCUGGCAGCUUAUGCGCGCCUACACCCUGUCUAUUCUGUCCCGCUUGGCCAACACUGGCAACCCGAUCAUCGAAAAGGAGAUCGUCCAGUGGGUGAACAACCGAUUGACGGAGGCUGGCAAACAGUCGCAUCUGCGUAACUUCAACGACCCGGCCAUAGCCGAUGGCAAGAUCGUGAUCGAUCUGAUCGAUGCCAUCAAGGAGGGCAGCAUCAACUACGAGUUGGUGCGCACCAGCGGAACGCAGGAGGAUAACCUGGCUAACGCCAAGUACGCCAUCUCCAUGGCCCGCAAGAUCGGCGCCCGCGUUUAUGCACUGCCCGAGGACAUCACCGAGGUGAAGCCCAAGAUGGUGAUGACCGUCUUCGCCUGCAUGAUGGCCCUCGACUACGUGCCCAACAUGGACAGUGUGGACCAGAACAACCACAACAGCUCCGCCAACAACAGCAAUUAGGCGCCAUAGCCACAACUCAAUUAUACAUAAACAGAAGGAUGGAAUUUUGAAAGGGAUGAACAGUGGGAACUACGUAAAUUUGUCGUAUUCGCUAAUUACAAAUUACUCUAUUCGAUUGCGUUCCUUCCUGCGCUACCAAUACAAUUUUUGUGUUUUUUUUUAAUUUCGAUUACUUUUUGUAAUUUUUUUAUUAUAUAUUUAUAUAUUAUAUAAUUGAGUAUGAGUUUCCCCCCUAUUGUAAUUAAGCAAACAGAUUUUAGAGUGUCGCGCAUCUGUUUCUUUAUUAGUUUUGUUUAACAAUUGUUUAAUUAUACAACCGUAACCUUAUUUUAUAAAUAGAGGUUUUGCUCUUUCUGCUUUAAAAUCCUUAAAAAAAGAAUUAAGAAACGAAAGAAACAAAAAACAAGCGACAAAGUUUACGUGCAAGAUUAAGAGAGAAUUGUAAUAUUAACAUUGCGACGAAAACAAUGAAAACAAUUAACUUUGUAAUAUAUAUACAUAUAUAUUUAUAUACGAUUACGAUAUGCGCCUAUAUACAUAACAUAUAUUUACAUAAAUCGAUAUAUUUUUCCAUAAAUGCGUUGCCUGAAGGGAGAUAACGAAGGAAAACCGGGAUCGGAAUAUUUAAAAACAAAAGAAUUCGAGAAAAAAACAGAGUAAAUAAUUUUGUAUUUAAUAAAUAUUUUUUUUGCAAAUAAUUGUAAGCCGCUUUUGUUUAUGUUUUUUUCCAACGUGUGUGUUUGUUCUAUUUCUUUUUACAUAUUUGUAUAAUUUUGCGUUUAAGUGAGUUAGAGCGAGGUGGCAAUAGGCAGCGCCAGCAUGGCGCAGAAAGAGAGGGCAACAAACAUUUUUUAGUGCAAUGGACGUCAAUAAAUCCAAGAGAAAAAAACAAAAUAAGAAAAAGAUGAAGUAAUACUAUAUUCAUAAUAUAAAUAAAACAAUAAAGUAAACCCAAAA